GCAGGAGCCGGGCUGGUCCCGCCCCAGCCCCGCGUUGGCCGCCGCGGAGCGCGCGAGGGGCGGGCGGGCAGAGCGGGUCCAUGGAGCACAACCACGUCCACCUCCACAACGGCUCUGUCCUGGCGCAUCACCGCUAUGGCUGCGGCUUGGGAUACGCACCCGUGGUGUACUACAGCCUGCUGCUCUGCCUGGGGCUGCCGGCAAACAUCUUGACAGUCAUCAUACUUUCCCAGCUCGUGGCACGCAGGCAGAAAUCCUCCUAUAACUACCUUCUAGCACUAGCUGCCGCUGACAUCCUGGUUCUCUUCUUCAUCGUCUUUGUUGACUUCCUCAUGGAAGACUUCAUCUUAAACAAACAGUUGCCUCAGAUACUGGACAAAAUAAUUGAAGUCUUGGAAUUUUCUUCAAUUCACACUUCCAUUUGGAUUACGGUUCCUCUAACAAUCGAUAGGUAUAUAGCUGUGUGCCAUCCACUGAAGUAUCACACAGUCUCCUAUCCUGCUCGUACUCGAAAAGUCAUCGUAAGUGUCUAUAUCACCUGCUUUUUGACCAGUAUCCCCUACUACUGGUGGCCUAACAUUUGGAUUGAAGACUACAUAAGCACAUCAAUGCAUCAUGUCCUCAUCUGGAUCCACUGCUUUACUGUUUACUUAGUGCCCUGCUCCAUCUUCUUCAUCCUGAAUUCCAUCAUUGUAUACAAGCUGCGACGAAAGAGCAAUUUCCGACUGCGGGGGUACUCGACAGGUAAAACAACAGCCAUUCUGUUUACUAUAACUUCUAUUUUUGCCAUACUUUGGGCACCGAGAAUUAUCAUGAUAUUGUAUCACCUCUACGUAUCGCCUAUAAACAACAGCUGGGUUGUACAUAUUGUGUCGGACAUCGCCAAUAUGCUAGCACUGCUGAACACUGCAAUUAAUUUCUUCCUCUACUGUUUUAUUAGCAAAAGAUUUCGCACAAUGGCAGCUGCCAUGCUGAAAGCCUCUUUUAAGUGUCAGAAGCAACCUGUGCAAUUCUAUACAAAUCAUAACUUUUCCAUAACAAGCAGCCCUUGGAUUUCCCCUGCCAACUCUCACUGCAUCAAAAUGCUUGUUUACCAGUAUGAUAAGAAUGGAAAGCCUAUAAAAAUAUCACCAUGAAAAGGGCAGUAGUUGGAGUUUCUGGGUGCAAGUUCUUUUCAAACGGUUACAUCUUCAGGAUGUAAUUUGCUGAAAUGGCUAUUUUGAAGAAUGGUCAUUUGAUUUCAUUUCCCUGGGAGACCAAGGGCAGAUCAGACUGCUAGGAGGGAGCAGGAGCACUCGAUUUAGGAGCAAAAGUGAGAAGGCAAAUGCCUCCGUCUCUUGCACAGCAUUUUGAACGUGCUUCAGAGUUCAAGUCUUAGUGUUCCAUCGCACUCAAAUGUUUUGCAUCCCGGCACCAGUGCAGUCCAAAGUCAUUGGAGGGGAGAAGCCACAACAGUGUUUAAUUACAGCCUUUUAAAAAACAACAACAAAACCUUACUUGACCGCGCAGUUCACUACUGACAGAGCAAACGAAUGCUUUUAUGUACUGUGGAUGGUGCCAUUUCUGGUGUGUGCACUUGCCAAAAACGGUGUGUUGUUGCUCUCAUGAAAUACCGCCACAUAGUCUUGUUGCAGGAGGCAGCCUGCGAGACGCAAACUGUGACAGAGCCAUUUUUUGGCUCAUUUGAACAAGACUUGAGGACUGAUGUAGUACCUGCUGCAGCCUCGGCACGGCAGGCAGUCCUGCAAGCUGCCAAUAUUCGUAUGUUGUUAUUAAAGAAUGUGACCAAGACAGGGGAGCUCAAGAAAGGGAGAGAGGUUUCUAGAGCCAAGAACAAAAGCAGCGUCUUUUCCCCGCUAUUUCAGUCAUGGUGUCUAAAGACUUUCAAGUACAAGGCCAAGUCCUGCCUGAUGCAGAGCUCCCACUGAAGCUGCUCCUGCAAAGUCUGGAGUGAUUACAGCCUUCAAAUUCCUCUUUAAUCAAUAAAGAUUCUCAGUUAUCUCCCCUGUUCAGGCCUUUAACAAUAAACAUACAAAACCUCAGCUUAAGAUUUCUCCUAACAGAUUUUAUUAUCUUAUUGCAGAUUUGCCAUUUAAUUGUUAAAAAACUAUUUGUGAAAUUAAAUACCCAGACAGCAGUAAAAACAUAUAUCAGCUUGGACUGAGGCUUUGAAAUAUUUACCUUAUUUAAAAUAGAUUAACUUCUCUUCCUUCCCACUCAAAAACCAGCAUCCCAUCAAUGCCAAGUACAGAAAAUGAGGAGAGACAUACAGGAAGGCUGAAAAUGCAUUUCUUUUAAUUUCUCUCCUUUUCAGAUCUUGGCUUGUGGUCUCUCAGAGCCAUGUAUCACAACCUUUUUACUUCUAUACUGGACACUUAAUGCAGCCUUACUAAACGUGGGAGCAAACUGCCUUGCAUGAUGAACACAAGCACAAUGCGGUCAGAGGACACAACAGCUUCUCAGUAACUGCAAAUAAAAAGCAGCGUGGUGCUAGCACUGCAUUUGUGCCUGUGCCCAUCUCCGUUGCCAGCAAGGAGCUCACGGCGACCUAACAGAGCGAGGACCCCUGAGAAGGGAUCCAGUCAAUCCCUCUUCGGUGGGGUCUGAGGGCUGAAAGCAUCUCUCUAAAACCCACAGAUGGCUCAGCUUUUGUGCAUUUCCCCUAAGAAAUGCCAACUCCGCACAAGUCCUGCCAAGGACGACAGCCUGGUUGCAUUUGCACACGGACUCGUACCGGUGACCUGCAAAGAGCAAAACCCAUGGCACACACAAGCAUGCCUUUCCCCGGAGGAACGGCAGCAGGAGGCACAAGGCAGGUCCCCAGGGAGAGACUGGCUCCUGUGUGGAGGGGUCUCAGGAGAGCCAGACUACUCAGGUCAGUCAGGAGCACAGAAACGCGCUGCCCCGCGCCCCGGGGAGAGUACACCGCCCGGUCCUCUCCCAUCAGUGGAGCAGUUGGGAGAGCUGCACCACUCCUCUGCGAGGUGCUGCAGCACCCCGGGGACCACGCUGGUUAGAGCGAGAGAGGGACACCUCUGGGGAGAGGGGAAGCCGAGUGCCAAAGCCAACGCUUCCCACCCGCAGUCACCGAGGGGACGCGACCCAUCCUGAAUCACCCUGGAGUCAAAGGGAAAUAAGGAGCCCCUUCAUCCUGUAGGCUGUUUGUCCCCAUGAACUCAACAAAACUUCACACAUACUUGCAAUAAAGCGUAAGAGGGAUGCUCAGCCUUGCUGUGUUUGUCGUGGCAAGGUUAAAAUUAUUGCUCCCUUUACCAGUGUUUUACAGAAAUUCAGUUUUGUGGCCAUGCCUUCUACCCUUCUCUCAGAAACCUCUCUCUGGGCUUUGUCAGUUGAUAGUAACCAAAGUUACCUUAUGAAAAAGGUACUGUAUGUUUCAUUUUGGGAAAACACUGUAUUUAUAACUUAUUUUUAUUCUAAGUUACAAGGAAUGCUUGUCUGAGUUACAUGUUAAUGAGUCUGAAGUGCAAUAUCUAUAUAGAUAAGUGGUUCAUUUUUGAGAAUGUAUCUAUUGAAAAAAUAUUUAUACAAGAAAUUCACUAUUCUACUUGAUAUAAUAGUAACCUUACAGAAAUAGUGAAUGUUUAGGGCUUUUAUUUAUUAAAAAAAAAAAAAACAAUUACUUGCGUGGCAUAUGCUGCCAUUCACAUGGUGUGACUUUAUGGUUUUGUAACAAUGUUUAACCUGCAAACUAGCAGUGUCAUCUGAUUAUUCCUGUCCUGAUGAUGUAUUUUUGUAAAUUACCAUAUUUAAAGACAAACUUCUUUCUGCGUGAAUAUUUUAUUUCCCACUAAAAAUAACCCAUUAAAUUAUGGUAACUUAAUUUGAAAAAACUCAGUCCUUUUCCAUAUCAUUUGAGAAAUGACAAGGUGCAAUUUUUAUGUACAGUGAAUUCAUCAUUUAAUUUCUGUUAAUUUAGGGCUUUAAGAGCUUAGUUCCAAAGCCCUUGACGUCAAAGGGAAAGUUGCUUAUGGGUUGUGGUUGUUUUUUCAAUCCUCAUCAAUUUAGAGGGCUUUGGAUCAAGCCGUAUCUUGUUAACAGGCAUUUGAAGCCUUCUUAGAGUCCAGUUUGGAUAAUAAAGCCUUGACUUUUUAGUCUGCCAUAUGAGAGCUGCUGUUGAUAAUACUUGCCUUAUUUUCGGUUGUGUGAAGCAUUUUGCAAUGACUGUUGCUAACUAGCCAAUGUCUUGCUGUACUCUUUGUACCUCCUAAUUUUAAGAUAGUAAAAACUUAACCAAGCACAUGUAGUGUCAUUAUUUAGGGGAAAAGUAUCCUGGAGACAAAACCAUCUUUGUUGUGGAGAUGGUCUUUUGUACUCUAUUAAUUUAUAUUUCAACUAUCUACAAUUAGAAACAAUAAGCUGUGAAUGGACAGUUUUACAGUUACUUAUAGGUUAUAUGUCCUUGAAGACCACAGCUAGGAACAAAAGACUUUAUAGAUGAGUUGCUGGUAUAUAAAAUUAUGGGACCUAUCGCCUAUUUAAAUUGUGAAUAUGGAUAUUUUCAUAAGUAGACAGUAUAUUGUGUUUGACAGACUUGUUUGUAUUAUA